AUGGUUGAGAAGCAUGCAGGGUCACUUGUGAAUAUCACUGUCUUGGACAUUAGCUAUUGUUUGAAGAUCACAUGCAAAGGCCUUACAUAUUUUGGAAAGAAUUGCAAGUCCCUCAUUCACUUGAAACGGAACAUGCCCCCACCAGAAUGGGAAAAUCCCACACAAGUGGUGACUUUUAAGAUUGAUGAUUCCGAGGCAAUGAUCAUAGCUGAUACGAUGACAGGCCUCCGUCAUCUUCAACUUGGUUUUGGGCGUUUUGGUGACCAUGGGCUUGAUGCUAUCCUUACCAAGUGCAAGGAACUUACCCAUCUUGACAUUCAAGGUUGUUGGAAUGUGGAGAUGGAGGGUGACCUUAAAGACAAGUGUGAGCGACUUGCAGUGUUCAACGGCCCUUGGCUUCAUGAUUAUGAGUAUGAAGGAAUUUUAGAAACUGAUGGCAAUGGAGCUGAUACUAGUGAUCAAUCAUCUUCCUCAGACUCGGAUUAG